GCUGACAGCAGCGAGGGCAGCGCUAGCAGGAGGCGAGGCCAGCCCAGCUUGCUGAGCCGCGGGGACAGACGCAGCCCCGCGCCCUCUGCCACCUCUUCCAGCCAAGGUAAGUGGAGGGCUGAACAGUGGCACGGGGAUGGAUGGAGAGGGGAGGGAGACGUUCUGCCUCCGGAGAGCUGUGGGGAGGCCGGAGAGCGGGGAUGCUGCUGGGCUCUGGGUUCAUCCUCCUCCUCCCGCCUGUGCCGAGUGUUUCUCCCAGGGAUGCUCUGCGGAGACACGGAGCUGCUGAGCUGUGCCCUGUGUGGGGCUGAGCUGGGAUGGGGGAUGGAUGAGGGAUGGAUGGAGGGUCGGCCCCGGUUUGGUCACCACUGUGGGCUGCCGUAGGGUGGAGAGGGCACAGCCCCGGCAUUGCUGGGGUCAGGGCUGGGAAGGGGCAGGAGGAGCUGUCCCCUUGUGCCAGGCAUCCCUGCAGUGGUGAAGGGAGCUGGAGUUGCAGCACUGCUCUCAGCUCAUGCUGUGCCUCAGUAUCCCCAUCCCACCCCACUGUGGGCCAGCGUCUCCAUGCGGUGCAGCGGGAUGUUCAGUGCUACUCAUACCCCCAUCAGCACUCCCCACAUCCACAGGGCCACCAUCUCUGGGUGAUGCUCAGUGCUGCCAGGAGUGAGGCUGGGACUUGGGAAUCCCACUGUGUCCCUAUCUAUCGGCCUGGGGGCUGCAAGGCGUCCCGGCCACACACCUAUAGAGCUCCAUUGGUGGGGGCUGAGCCAUCUCUGGGGCUGUGUGUGGCCAAAAUCCAUCCCGGCCCUCACUCAGGGCUGUGGCAGGAGGGCAAAGUCCCGCACCUGGACAGCCUGUUUGUUAUUUGCAGUCAAAUUGCAGGCAAAUCCAGAGCAGAGCUCAUGGCAGGGUUUGUGUGAGCCCACAGGCUCCAUGAGACACAGGGCACUUGCGCAAGGGCAAGGUUGGGCAAGCCCCCACUGAGCCCCAGCGCCAUGGAUGAGUGGGACCUGUCCCAGUGGAAGAAGGAGGUGGAGAGCCUGAAGUACCAGCUGGCCUACAAGCGGGAGAUGUCCUCCAAGACGAUACCCGAGUUUGUGAAGUGGAUAGAGGAUGGCAUCCCUGAAGACCCCUUCCUGAACCCGGAGCUGAUGAAGAACAACCCCUGGGUGGAGAAAGGGAAGUGCAGCAUCCUCUGAGGGCAGGUGCUGCUCAUUAACACUGAAUGUAUACUUUUUUAUUAGCUAGCUUCCUAAUAUGACUAACUGAACCACCCGACCCUCAUCUCGUCUUAUUAUUUUAGUAGUAGAAGUGUUUGGUUUUAUAGAGGGCAGGUGGGGAAGCACGCAUGGGGUGAACACAUUGGAGAUGGCAACAGGGAAGGGGCCCCAGAGCAGGGAGGGCUGCCCCUUGUUCUGCCCUUUCUGUACCUAUGAGCAAGUCCUGAACUCGUAAAGGGAGAUAACUUUUAUACAACGUUCUCAGUGCUUUUCACUACUCUUUUUGUAUACUGUAGGCUCUAUGCUUUUUGCAGCACAACAGGCACAAUAUGACAACAAAGGGUUUAUAAACGAAAUAAACAUGACAUAUUGCUCUGCUUUUAUUAA